AUGGCGGAACACCUGGCUCGUAUAAUUGGAACGGAGGAAGAUAGGGUUAACUGUCCUUUUUUUUGGAAAAUAGGGGCGUGUCGUCAUGGAGAUCAAUGUAGUAGAAGUCAUUACAAACCAAACAGUGCUCAGACGUUAGUUAUAAGGCAUAUGUAUGAUAAUCCACCUAUGGCAGUUGCAAUUGCAGAAGGGCAAAUGGUUGAUGAUGAAGUAUUAGAUAAAGCUGCUGAUCAUUUUGAAGAAUUCUAUGAAGAAGUUUUUGAAGAAUUAAUGAAAUAUGGAGAAAUUGAAGAUAUGGUUGUAUGUGAUAAUAUAGGUGAUCAUAUUAUUGGUAAUGUAUAUAUUAAAUAUACUCAUGAAGAUUAUGCAGAAAAGGCUGUUAAGGAAUUAAAUGGUAGGUUUUAUGCUGGUAAACCAUUGCAAAUUGAAUAUACACCUGUAACUGAUUUUAGAGAAGCAAGAUGUAGGCAAUUUGUAGAUGGGCAAUGUAGACGUGGAGGAUAUUGUAAUUUUAUGCACAUCAAACAUGUGCCUAGGAGUGUUAAAAGAAAAUUAUAUAGACGAAUGUAUAAAAAAUUCCCAGAAUAUAAAAAAAGGAGGAAAACAAAAGACGAUUCGGAAGAUGCAUAUCAUGAUAGUUAUAGGAAUAGAGCAAGUGGUAGAGAAAAGCACAAAAGGGAUAAAUAUGGAGAUGGUCAUCAUUCAUCGAAACGUAAAAAUAAAAGUAGGAGUAAUAGUAAUGAUGAUGAAGAUGUUGAUAGGAGUCAUAAAUACGCGAGGCGUGAAAACAGUACAGAAAGAAGAGAAAAAAUAGAAAGAUGGAAUAAAGAAAGAGAAAUGAAAAAUGCACAAAAAAAUGAAAAUGUUGAUAGUAAACAAGGGGAAGUGAAAAAGGAUGGGGGGGAAAUCGAAGUAGUUGAAGGAGGAGGAUGA